CAAUCAUGAUCGACCCAGUUCAGGCUUUCGCCGCGGCGGCGUCCUCGGUCGCUCCCCUGCCCACCGUGGUCCCAUCUCUCCCUGAGUACCAGGUUGCCACCGAGACUGGCUUCAGAACUCUCUGGGUUGUCUUCGUGGUCAUGACUGUCGCCUCGGUUGUUUUCACUGGUUUGGCCUGGAACGUUCCCGCUUCCAAGCGCGUUUACCACAUCAUCACCACCUUCAUCACCGUCAUCGCCGCCCUUUCCUACUUCGCCAUGGCCACUGGGCACGGUGCCUCUUACCACCACGUUAAGGUCAAGGAGUCCCACAAGCACGUUCCGGACACCACCCACGAGAUCUACCGCGAGGUCUACUACGCGCGUUACAUCGACUGGAGCUUGACCACUCCUCUCCUCCUCCUCGACUUGGCUCUGCUCGCCGGUCUCAACGGCGCCGACAUCCUGGUCACCAUCUUCGCCGACCUGAUCAUGAUUCUCACUGGUCUCUUCGCUGCCUUCGGUGCUGAGGGUACACCGCAGAAGUGGGGCUGGUACACCAUUGCCUGCAUUGCCUACCUCGUUGUCAUUUUCGAGCUUGUCUUCCACGGCCGUCGCGCCGCUGUUGCCAAGGGUGGCAAGGUUGGAAACUUCUUCAACGCCAUCGGUGGCUUCACCCUCCUCAUCUGGACAGUCUACCCUAUCAUCUGGGGUAUCGCUGACGGCAGCCGCAACCUCAACAUCGACGAGGAGAUUAUUGCUUACGCUGUGCUCGACAUCCUUGCCAAGCCCAUCUUCGGUGCCUGGCUCUUGUUCACCCACGUCAGCAUCCCUGAGUCUAACGUCGAGAUCGGUGGUUUCUGGUCCCAGGGCCUCAGCUCCGAGGGCGCUAUCCGCGUUGGUGACGACGAGGAGGGUGCUUAGAUUGACCCCAACAGCCGCACACGCUGAGUCUCGCUCAACGAAAUUGCUGCAAAUUCAAAAUGGCUCACGCGCACCAAUGCACAUCCUGUCCACUUGCUCUGAGGCGGUUGAGCGUAUGUCAGCGCAGCCUCCAUCUACGACAACCAAGCAUGGAAUGAUGCGGUAUACUAUCUUGGCAUGAUACCAGAGGGUUCUCUUCGACAAAAGCCUGUCAUUAAUUGUUCUCGACCUGAUGAUCUGCUUUUGCGAAUCACGCACGAAUCGUAGUUAAUGUAUGAUGAGAAAAGAAGCGCUACAGCUUAUUUUCUAAACUUUCCAUUUUCAUUGUCUUCCGUCGAUGACACUGUGUCUUGCUUCGUUUUGGAUUGUUCGAAAGAUCCGUGGUACGACAGACUCGAUGGAUCAGCGACUACUCCAUGACUCUAGCGACGAGCACCUAUGUAGUGCGUUCAAGCA